AUGAACCUUUCAUCUUUCAAAGAGGAUUUGUGUUUGUAGAACUAUCGACUCAAGAACUAAACAACUGCCGAAUUUAUGCUUUCUAACAUGAAUUUUCGGCGUCUUUUUCAAGACUUUAAUCCAAGCAAGUUCCUUCUGUUUUUUAUGCUGUUCGUUUUCACAAUUCUCCUGGCUCUUCGUCUUGAUGGAGCAAUUGAGUGGAGCUACUGGGCCGUCUUUACACCAGUUUGGAUUUGGAAAUUAUUUGUGUUUUGUGGUGCUUUCACAGGGAUAUAYCUYUGGAUUAAAAGGCCAGAGUACAGAGGUGAAGGUGAAAGCUAUAUAGAGUUYAAGGCAAUGAUGAUCUGUCUCUUUCUACAUAUGUUACUGUUUAUCUUUGAAAUACUUGUGUGCAUUAAUCUUGAUAAGAAGCUGUAUGCAUGGAGGAUUAUGUUCAUGCCUUUAUAUGUCUUGUCAUCUGUGUCYAUUAUUGCUUGUGUUUGGGGCUUCAGACAUGACAGAUCUGUUGAGCUAGAAACAGUAUUCUCAGUAAACAUACUACAGUUCAUAUUUCUAGCAUUAAAACUAGAUAAUGUGAUACGAUGGCAGUGGGUGGUUGUGUUUGUUCCUAUGUGGAUAGUUCUCUCUCUAUUAUGUUUAUUAGUUCUCUACUACAUUAUUUGGUCUAUUAUUUUUGUACGGACAGCAGAAGUUUUACCAGCCCAAAGACAUGGUCACGUCAUGGUUGCUGUUGCUUCUGUUCUUCUUGUGAUACCUUUGUUAGUUUUUCAGAUUAUUCUUAGUAACUGGUUAGACAGUGAAAAUAAAGAUAUGUUUGUAGGAGUUGUAGCCCCUUUACAGAUAUCACUGCUCAGUCUUUUAACUACUUCAUUCUACCACAAAGGAGGAAAUCACUGGUGGUUUGGCAUGAGAAAAGACUUUUGUGAGUUUUUACUUGGAAUCUGUCCWUGUCUACAAGAGUAUGGCAAUGUUUCAUAUAAAUUUCCAGGAAGUAUAUUUAUACAAGAGCGAGACCAUCAAGAGAGUUCCUUAGAGGACAUGCAUCGUAAACCUGUAGUAUCRGACUACCAAAGCAAACCAGUAGUGCCAAUUGUGUCAAUUGAAAUGCCAGAUUGAAAUUCAAGAGGGAAAGUUGACAUGGAUUAAGUGUUUACAAAUCGGCAACGUCAAGGAAGCGAAGCCUUUCAGGAUGACAGGCAGCACGCACAUCACACCCAGUGAUGGAAAAGCACAAAACUAAGCGUACAACAGCAAAGCCAAACAAAAAACACACACCACAAAGACCACAUCUAAUCUUAGAAMACAAAUGAAAGCAUUGACAAUAUUGUUAAAAGUAAUGUUGGGUUAUGAUAUACCAGGUGGUGGUAAAACCAUGGAAUUUCAGAAAUGAAAUCAUACUACUUUGAUCAAAUAACUCAUGCUUUGAAAGUAAACAUAGGCUUUUAUUCCACAAAUCCAGAACACUUAAGCAUAGUUUUACUAUAAUACUAUAAUGCAUUUGCUCUUCUGUAAAUUUUUGUGAAUAGCUUUUGUAAAUAACUAUUAUGAUUUACAGUGUAAGAAGACAGUAMACUAUUUGUUGAAAUAUUAAACUAUCAGAAACAGA